GAUGUCAACGCUAUUUUUGAUGCUACCCGCUUAGAUUUCUAUUUUCGUCUUCUUCAGGGGCUGGAUUUGCCAAGUUGCUUGCGAUAACUCAUUCUUUCUCCCUCACUAGUAACCUACUGGCGAAUCUCAUCCUUGGCCCCUGGUCCCGUUCCCUGUAUGUUACUAGACAGUCCUUUCACAAAUAGGCUUCACAGGACGAGUAACAGACAUCAUUGGCUUUUUGGAGGAGGAUUUAGAAUUUGGAUUUAGAACCUGUUGCAUUGUUGUGACUUAUUCUUACAAGGUAACACAUUUUCUUUCAUGUGCAUAACUUGUGGAGCUCAGAUAAUUGUUCUGUGUUAUACAGUAUUGCAGCAGUAGGCUAAUCUACCUGCGAGAAUGUAGCCUGUUAUUGGUGCGUGCGGUGCAGUCAGGUCUGUCAUUCUAGAAAUAGAUAGCUAGGCUACAUUUCGAAACACAAGUCAAUUUCAAUGGGGCUACAACCAUCGUAUCCUAGCGGGGCCGUCCUUCUUGUUUCCAUGGAGUCCUCUCUAAGCAGAUGUUCAGGUCAGGGCAACAGCUUUUCUCGGAGUGAGAGAUGAAUUCCACUGCUGAAUUGUUACAAAUUAGUUCGUGAAGCAAUACCUUUGUCGGAAAAUGUCUCUUACACUUUUCUGAAAGCUGUGUAAAGUCCUUUGUUUUAGACAGCCUACACUUUUCAUAUACUUGAAUUUAGCUGUCUGCAGAUGGAAUCACGGCGUCGGGACCUACGGUAGACAAAGACCGACGGGACAGCUUUUUUUCAAGAGUGUCAGAGUCCUCGGUGUCGGCGCCCCUGGGGUCAGUCCCCAUGGACCUGCGUGUGACGGAGCGUGUGAUGCGGCCGGGUUCGGACACGGCCCUGCUGACGCCCCUGCACCCCCCGCUGCUCCUCAGCCCCUUCUCCCCCCAGCCCUGCACCCCCUUCUCGCAGCAGCAGCUGCACCAGCACAUACGGUUCAACAUGGAACAACGGAGACGUGAGCAGGAGCAGGAGAAACAGCAAGAGCUGCAGCAGCUGUGGCACAAGGACAAGAGCCAACAGAGUGCCGUGGCCAGUUCCCUGGUGAAGCAGAAGCUCCAGGAGGUGAUUCUGAAGAAGCAAAAACAACAAGCCCUGGAAAGGACCAGCUCCAACCCUCUCAGUGGUCCCCCAGUGGGCUACAGGGAGCUGGCUCCAGACCCCAGUGGGCCACCCCAGCCUCUGGUGUCCUCCCCCCCACAGGGUUCCAGCGAGGGCUCAGAUGAGACCCCUCUACGCAGGGCAGCCUCAGAGCCCAACCUGAAACACAAGCUGAAGAAACACCUGAACACUCGUAAGAGUCCUCUGACCCGCAAGGAGAGUGCCCCGCCCACCAUCAAACACCGGGUGCCUGACACUCUGGACUCGUCCCCCAGCAGCAGUAGCACCCCAGUGUCUGGCUGUAGCUCGCCUAACGACAGUCUACCCAAUGAGAACGGAGUGCUGCAAUCUGUUGGUGGGCUGUCCCAUGAGGUUAUUAUCCGAUUGGCCCAGAGACUGCUGCUCCAGGAUGGGUCUCUAGCCCACUUCACCGUCCAGAGUUCUUCUGCUCUACCCACCAUCACCCUGGGCCUGCCAGCCAAUGCCAGGAGUGAUGGAGACUUGUCCCCUCUGAAGGUGAGCCGGGUGCCUAUGGUGGCGGGAGGCCAGUCUGUCUACCUUCCCCUGGGAAUGGAGGAGCAGAGUGGGUCGCUGUCACCUCACUUCCAGCCUGUCCUUAUCCUGGAGCCCUCUGGACUGGUGCACGCCCCAAUGCUCGCUGUUCCAGGCCUGGGCCCCGUUCCUCUGCAGUUUGCCCCCCAGAUGGAUCAUCUGGCCCCGGAAGGCGGCCCCCACAAGCCUCUGAGCCGGACCCGCUCAGAGCCCCUGCCCCAGAGCCCCAGAUCACUUCACCCCCAUCUGCUGCAGCAGCAUCACAACAGCCAGCUACUGGAGAGACUCAAACAGCAGACACACCUGGGCAAGCUGAUGUCUAAGACCAGUGAGAAGCCUCUUCUCAGACAGAUCCUCUCAGAGGAUAUGGACUCUGAGGAGGUGGGGCCAGCACCCAGCGACAUCUAUCAGGGCAGAGCAAGGGCGGAGUCACUGAGGGAGGCGGAGCCUGUGUCUGCAGCAGACAGCCAGGGAGAACAGAUCAACCUGCAACACACACUCAUACUCAACCAGUCGUUGCUAUGGGAGAAACAGAAACAGCUGCAGCAGUUGCGUCGGCAGACAGCCCACAUGGAGACGCUGGCGGUACCCAUUAUGCUUGGCGGUGCCCAUCGCCCCCUCUCCCGUACCCAGUCCUCGCCAGCCUCCACAUCCCUCACGUUGCCAGACAAACCCCUACCCAUGCCCGCCCCAGAAACACAGAGCAAACCACGCUUCACCACCGGUCUGGUUUAUGACUCUCAGAUGCUGAAGCACCAGUGCACAUGUGGUGACAACAGCAGCCACCCAGAGCAUGCUGGGAGGAUCCAGAGUAUCUGGUCACGUCUCCAGGAGAGAGGUCUCAGGGGCCAGUGUGAGACUAUCCGGGGUAGGAAGGCCACUCUGGAGGAGCUGCAGUCGGUCCAUUCAGAGCGUCAUGUCCUUCUGUAUGGUACCAACCCUCUCAACCGCCUCAAACUGGACAACCGCAAGCUGGCUGGCAUUCUCUCUCAAAGAAUGUUUGUGAUGCUGCCAUGUGGAGGAGUGGGGGUGGAUAAUGACACAAUCUGGAACGAGUCUCAUACAUCCACGGCGUCACGCAUGGCUGCAGGCAGUGUCACAGAGCUGGCCUUCAGAGUGGCCAAAGGCGAACUCAAGAAUGGCUUUGCAGUGGUGAGACCCCCAGGCCACCAUGCUGACCCCUCCAACCCAAUGGGUUUCUGCUAUUUCAACUCAGUGGCCAUUGCAGCCAAACAGCUCCAACAGAAACUGAGUGCCAACAAGAUCCUCAUCGUUGACUGGGAUGUUCACCAUGGUAAUGGGACCCAGGAAGUGUUUUACAAUGAUCCCAGUGUGCUGUAUAUCUCACUGCAUCGCUAUGACGACGGCAACUUCUUCCCUGGCAGCGGGGGGCCAGCUGAGGUGGGAUCUGGUGCUGGAGAGGGUUUCAGUGUCAACGUGGCCUGGACUGGAGGUCUGGACCCUCCUAUGAGUGAUGCUGAGUACAUCGCUGCUUUUAGGACGGUGGUGAUGCCCAUAGCACAGGAGUUCUCCCCUGACGUGGUCCUGGUCUCCUCAGGGUUCGAUGCAGCAGAGGGACACCCUGCACCUCUAGGGGGUUACAAGGUCACCGCCAAAUGUUUUGGGUUCCUUACCCGGCAGCUGAUGGGACUGGCUGGAGGCCGGGUGAUCAUGGCUCUGGAGGGAGGUCACGACCUCACGGCCAUCUGUGACGCCUCUGAGGCCUGCAUCAGUGCUCUACUGGGCAUUGAGGAGCCUCUGUCAGAGGAGGUGCAGCUGCAGAAGCCCAAUGCUAACGGUGUUCACUCGCUACAGAGAGUCAUACAGAUACAUGGUCAGUAUUGGCAGUCCCUGAAGCUGUUCAGUAGCUCUGUGGGACUGUCCUACCUGGGUGCUCAGAGGAGAGACUGUGAGGAGACUGAUGCUGUCAAUGCUCUGGCCUCUCUGUCUGUGGGGGUCCUGACCAGCAAGAGCCUCCCAGACGAGCCUAUGGAGAACGAGGAGGAAUCCAUGUAGAAGAUGCUGACCUUUGACUUCACAGACCUCUCUUUCAGGACGUCCCAUCCUGCCCUGUCACAUGACGAGGGGGAGGAGUGUAGAUUGUGGAUCUCUGCCUUAACCAAUGAGACCUUAAAGCCACACAGUGCCUCAAAGACCACCGUCCAUUCUCCUUAGACUAUAUGCAGCACACCUUAACAUAGUGAAGAAUUAACUCAACACAGUGGAGCUAAUGUAGCCUUCUGACCCACACUAAAGCCCUGUCAGUGUAUAUGUAAAAUAAAACAUGUUCUCUCAUACAGCUGAUUAUUAAACUAACUCUGUCCAUGGUCUAGCCCCAGCAAUAUAGUCAUUUAUAUUGUUUGUAUUCAGAAGGAUACAUCCAUACCAGUCCUGUGCCAUGAUAUUGAUCACUUUUUGGCCUUUAAAAAAAAGUACAGACAUAAUAGGUCUUACUGAGGCACUUACAGUAAAGCAAUACUAGCACCAGGUCUGUUGUGGUAUCAGUAAGCAGAGCAAACACCAGUCAGUGGCUCUGAGGAUGGUCCUGGAGAGAGAGAGAGACCGAGACUGGCCAGCACCUGGCAAUUGCUGAAUGGCUCAGUCAGUCCUUGAUGAUGUCAUUAAUAUUCAGUUUAACCACUAAAGAAGAAAAUGAAGAUGUGGUUUUAUCUGUCGUUUUUGCACUGUGCAUUCCGUAAUGUGAACCGUUGAAAAUUCCAAACUUCGGGGGGAAAAAAAAGCUCUAGAUUAUUUAAUUAUCUGUUCAACUUUGAGGAUUGGAAGAUAUUGUUCUCCUCUGAAAUCCACUCACAUUCUAAGAAGACUUAUGCAUGUAUACACAAAUUAGUAUUUCUAAGUGCAUUUGCAAAAAAAUCCUGUUUGGCCAGAUUGUAUUAUGAUUAUACCACUGCUGUUCUUAGACAAGUGUCUUUAUACAUUGUUCACAUGGACACACACGUCUUUUAUACAUUGUUUGCAUGGACACACACUCAGAAAUGCAUUUCAUUUGCACACUAUUUCCCUUGUCUUACUGACAUGAUGAGGACCAAACUGAAACCAAUAAAUCUUAUGAAGAGCUGAAGACCUACCACUGUUUGGGAGGAAAUACUAAAUUUAUGUUCAUUCCUAGCUACCAUUGAGGGCUAUUGUAUUGUUUUAUAAUGCUAGUCAAAGGCUCCAAUGCACUUAAUGGAGAUCUCCCAAAGAAAACUGUCUUAAAUAUGUCUGCAGUGUGACCGUGUUACUGCAGUUGGACCAGUGAGGUUACUGUGUUACGUUGAUGUUUGUUUUUGCAGGACCAGCAUUUUGACCUGUAGACAUACCUAUUUUAUUGUGUACAUUAAUUUCACAGUUCAGUUGCCUUGAUAUUAUCCACAUGCAGUUAUAUCAAGUAGUACUGAAUACGGUUGGUUAUAUAAAGUAGAGCUGAAUACGGUUGGUUAUAUCAAGUAGGGCUGAAUACAGUUGGUUAUAUCAAGUAGAGCUGAAUACGGUUGGUUAUAUCAAGUAGGGCUGAAUACAUUUUACAUUACAUUUUAGUCAUUUAGCAGACGCUCUUAUCCAGAGCGACUUACAGGAGCAAUUAGGGUUAAGUGCCUUGCUCAAGGGCACAUUAACGUCAUUUAGCAGACGCUCUUAGCCAGAGCGUCUGGAAUACAGAGCGUUAGAAUACAGUUGGUUAUAUCAAGGAGAGCUGAAUACGUUUGGUUAUAUCAAGUAGAGCUGAAUACGGUUGGUUAUAUCAAGUAGAGCUGAAUACAGUUGGUUGUAUCAAGUAGAGCUGAAUACGGUUCGUUUGAAGGUAAACUGAGUGUGUUAUUCUAUGUGAAAACCUUUCUGGUGUUGCUCUGUUUGUUUUUGAGAACCAACCAACAGACCAUUACUGUUAGCACUAUGGAGAUGUGGCUUAAUGAUGGUGCAUACCUCUCCUACAGACCUUGUGGAGGAAGAGUCAGUCUCCACUUCGUAUGUAUGAUACAGUACUUGACAUCAUGCUAAUUAUUCAUUUUCAGAUAUACUGUAUCUGUACACAUCCAAACUAAACCUGCUCUAAACUGAAACUAGUUUAGGAAAAUGCCUUGGACCUAUUUUGUGUGUUCAUGAAAUGACAACCAAUGUAGAUAGUUUUUGUUGUGAAUUGAAAUGUUUACCACAUUCCACACUUACAUUUUCUACAUUCAUUCUAUAUGUUAUGUAGUUUGUCUUAAUGAGCAUUUCAUCUAGAUUGCACUAGUUGUUAGAAGCUAUUCAGUAAAUCAAAAGAAACUGCUCACCAUCAAAUUCAGAAGACAUAGUUAUGAAAUGUGUUUUCACAUUCACAAUAUUAUUUUGUGUAUGACCCCAUACCUCUAUGGCGUGUGGCUAAAUGUUUAAAUGUAUCAUACGCUCUCUAUUACUGCGUAUUAUUGUGUUUUCUAUGUUGAAGAAGUUAUGUUAUUUUUUGUACAAAAUCAAAGAGAAGAGUAAGAGCGAGCAUCCACUUCUGUCUAAAACAAUAUUUACAAGGCAUCUUUUGAAAGGAACAUACUCUCUGUGCUGUUGCUCCGAUACAGUGGCAUGUACGCUGGUGAUACACGUCAAUGUUGUCUUAACUAGACAUUCCUCUCUAACCUUAGCUGCAUCCUCUCCUCUAGUUGGCAUUGAGAGAGAGAGAAUGAUAACCAUGCUAACAAGCCUUAUAGCCUUUUCCUCCUAUACUCUGGACCAACCACUGUGGAUAGCUAUGUGUGUGUAGGAGACUAUGUAUGUGUAAGAAAUUAAUAACUAUUGCCAGUUUUCAUUAUUGUUUGUACUAGUUAUAUGUUUUGUUUUCAAGACUCUGGGCAAUGUUUGCCCAUAAGGUCCCCUCAAAGACUUAGGAAAUAGAAGCAACCACCAUCAUUCAAACGCUCUUAGAACUGACAGUGACUGUGCUGUGUCUGUCUCAUAGUGCACCAGUGGGUAUCUGUUGUCUGUGAAGUAAUGUUAGAGUUAGUGUGUUGAAUACUGUACAUUACCUCUCCUGUAAAGAUUUCCAGGGGCCUAUGGGCCACGCUCAUUUUGUCUUAGUGGCCAGUGGGCCAGUCCUCUCUUUCUUUUUAUGAUAUACUUGCUAAAGUCACUGUAAAUAGAUACUCAAGACCAAAAUACAUCACACAUGUGCCUUGAAUCAUGUAUUGGUAGCCUUCACUAACUGGAGUUCAGAAUAACAACAAGUUUCAUACUUUUAUUUACCUUGUGUCAUUUGUUUCCUCUGUUUCCUAUGUAUGUAUAGAAAGAAUGUCUAUUUUGUACUGUUUCUCUUCUUAAUUAAAAUUGAAAAUGUUGUUUGUG